AUGGGCUGGCUGAGUUGUUGCGGGGAAUCCUCUAGCGCGGACGAUCUCAACCACAGAUGGCGAAAAGGGUCUUCGGAGCGGGCCGUCGCAAACCCGAAAGUCGCUCCUGACAUCGUCGAAGGUAUGACCCCCUCACCCUCUUCCCGGAAAGGAGAAAGCGAAAUGUCUUACGGCGACACAACCGCCAAGGCUGACGCUUCGCUCCGCGAGGACGGGGGUGCAGCGGUGCCGUUGGGUGGGGAGGCCGAUGUGGCCGAAACUGGAACAGAAAACGUUAACGGACAGGCUCCUGCUUUUGCGGCCGCCGCUUCCGCUGAUGGCGAAACGCGAAGGGCGGACGGAGAGUCGCACGUGAGCGAUCCCGCGUCUCAGCCUUCGCAGCCGUCGUCGCAGCAGGUGUCGUUCAAUCCGCUAGUAGGGGUUGCUCCGUCGAUCGCCGCGCAGACGUUCACGUUUCGCGAGCUCGAGCGUGCGACGGGCGGGUUCUCGAAGAAGAACUUUGUAGGAGAAGGAGGCUUCGGACGCGUUUAUAAGGGAAAGCUGGAGUCUACUGGCCAGAUUGUAGCCGUGAAGCAGCUGGACCGUAACGGAAUGCAAGGCAACAGAGAGUUUCUCGUGGAGGUGCUCAUGCUGUCGCUGUUACACCACCCGCAUCUCGUGAACCUGAUUGGCUACUGCGCCGAUGGCGACCAGCGGCUAUUGGUUUACGAAUUCAUGGCGAACGGCGCACUCGAGGACCAUCUACAUGACCUGCCCGAGGGUAAGGAGCCGUUGGAAUGGAACAUGCGCAUGCACGUGGCUGCUGGCGCCGCCAAGGGUCUCGAGUAUCUACACGUCAAGGCGAAUCCUCCCGUUAUUUAUCGCGAUUUCAAAUCGUCCAACAUUCUUCUCGACGAAUCAUGGCAUCCUAAGCUCUCCGAUUUCGGCUUAGCGAAACUCGGCCCGGUUGGCGACAAAACGCACGUUUCGACACGCGUGAUGGGAACAUACGGUUACUGUGCACCCGAGUACGCUAUGACGGGUCAGCUUACAGUGAAGUCGGACGUGUACAGCUUCGGUGUGGUGCUCUUGGAGCUGAUCACUGGUCGGCGGGCGAUUGACAUGAGGAGGCGACACGGCGAGCACAAUCUCGUCGCAUGGGCUCGACCACUGUUCAAAGACCGGCGGAAGUUUCCAGCCAUGGCGGACCCGGGGUUGCGGGGUCGCUACCCGAUGCGAGGGCUGUAUCAGGCUCUUGCCGUGGCGGCGAUGUGCUUGCAGGAGCAGGCGGCUCAGCGACCCAUGAUUGGCGAUGUGGUUACCGCGUUGAGCUAUCUCGCCAAUCAGCCGUUUGUCCCCGAUAAGAUCACGAGGCCGCCACCUGGCACGCCACAGCACAACCCGAUGGACCGCAGGAGCAACUCCAGCGGGGGCGGGGGAGGGGGCGAGCGCAAGGGCUCGCGCUCCCCCGCCCCCCACCACCACGGAGGGGUAAGGCGCUCCGCCCUCUCUCCCAUGCAGUCCCCAGACGUGAGACACAUGCACCACCACCACAUGAACCACCACCGGUUCUCGGAACGGGGUGAGGAGGAAGGAGGAGCGGUUGCAUCUGGUUCUGCGGGUGGUGUUGCUGGGUCGGCGAGUCCGAUGCGAGUGAGGGGUGGAGGAGGGUAUAGGGAGGGGCCGGUGGGGUAUAGGGAGAGUCCGGGGCAUGGAGGGGUGGGGAGUGGAGGCAGGACGCCAAAGAAUCAGAAGGGGUAUGGAGAGAAUUGGAGGGCGCGAGGGGAGGAGAGAGUGGGAGGAGGUGAGGAGAGUAGGUGA